AUGGCCAUCCGAGGCCUCAGCUUGCCACCAGGCCGGCGCCUCGUCCACCACCGCCUGCUCUGUCGCGCCUUUUCCACCCACCCCCGCCACAUUGCCGUGCCGUGUGCUUCGGACGACCCCAUCACCAUCAGCCUCUAUCACGAACGACAACAUCCUCGAUGGACCCCUUUGCUGCUCUACCUGCCGCCAAGCGGUGCCGUCGAUUCCGCCCCGCUGCCCGACUUUCUUCGCCGCCAGAAGCUCUGCCCUGUCGCCUCGGUGCCCUAUCGCUGGGCCUGGCCGCCCGACCGGACCUACGAGACGCUCCAGACCGAGUACGAUGACACAUUGAACAAGCUCUCGGACAUGCGGCCGUCCCGUCUCUGGCCUGCUCCUCUACACGACGUCCUCUUUGGCUACGACUGGCUGCGCAAGAACCUGCGUCGUCCCAUCCUCGUCUACGGCGAACAUCUCGGCGCCGGCCUGGCCGCCUCUCUCGCCCUGACCGAGUCCUUUUCCUACAAACGCACCUCUGUCCGUGGCCUCGCCGCCUACAACGGCAUCUAUGACUGGUCUGUCUUCAUCGACCGCUGGAGCCGCGUCCAAACCUACAAUCGCCAAAAAAACAUCAAGAUGAACGCUGCCACACUCAGCUCCAUCGACCCCGCUCCUUUUGCCCUUCCGCUCUUGGACGAACUCUUUGUCCGCCCGCCCGACUUGCUCGACCCUUUUGCCAGCCCGGACCUCUUCUUCCUCUCCAUCGGCCCCGUCCUGCUGCCUGACGCCUUCCAUCCCCAGGACGUGCCCAACGUCAGGCCCGUCGUUCCCUUCGAGUCCGUCAAGUCACAUCGCAUCCACCUCGACUAUCCCCACCGAGACACUCUGCUGGACAUCCCGGCCGCCCUGCUGCUGCACGACGCUGCCGACGAAACCGAUUUCGACCCAGAUAUACCCACAAACAAGUCGUACGCCAGCCAGGCCGCCGAGCUCGGCGAACUGAUGCGCCGCGGCAUCCGUCGUAUCGCUUGGGAGGAAAACCUGGACCUGAACGACGGACCCAGCACGGAAGAGGUCGAGGCCGCUGCUCGCGCUGCAGAGCUCCAUGUUCGCGUCCUUGGCGUCGACCCCUCUGAUGACGGCCUUGACCGUCGUGGACAGGAUGCGCUGCUCGCCUGGAUCGAAGAACAGAUCCUUCAUUGUGCCAAGCAACGAGCAGAAGCUAUUGGGCAGACGGACGAUGCAGAAGGAUACAGUUUAGGAUGA